GUGAAAAUGCCUUUGAUAGUAAUGUGUGGGUUUCCCUGUAGUGGAAAAAGCCGAAGAACAGACGAAUUGAAGGAAUACUUUUUGAAAAAUACAGAAAGAAAAGUGUUUGUAGUUGGAGAUGACACCGUAGGUAUUGAUAAGAACGACGUUUAUGCAGACUCCCAGAAGGAGAAAAACCUGAGAGGAGCCUUGCGAGCUGAAGUGGAGAGGAAAGUAAACAAAGAUGAUGUCGUGAUUUUGGACUCACUGAAUUACAUUAAAGGUUACAGAUAUGAGCUGUUUUGUCUGAUCAAGCACACACAGACUCCCCACUGUCUGGUUUAUUGCGUGACCUCAGCGGACGUUAGCUCAACGUGGAAUGCCGGCAGAGAGGCGGACAAGCGGUACACACAGGAGAUAUUGGAUGCACUGGUAAUGCGAUUUGAAGCUCCGGACUCCAGGAACAGAUGGGACAGCCCUCUCUUUGCCAUCCAGAAAGACGACACGCUACCCUUCGAGGCCAUUUCGGAUGCCAUCUUUCACAGAAAAGCCCCUCCCCCUAACCAGUCAACACAAAGCCAACCACUGUCCUCCACAAACUUCUUGUAUGAGUUGGACAAAGUCACUCAGGAUGUGCUGACGGCAGUUCUGAGCGCACAGAAGACAUCAGUCCCUGGGGAUCUAAUUGUUGUUCCUGGAGCCACGGAAAAGAUAGAACUGACCAGGAGUAUCAACAUGUCAGAGCUCCGCAAACUCCGCCGGCAGUUCAUCAGCUACACCAAGAUGCACCCGACAGAGAACAUCGGACAAAUAGCCAACAUGUUUGUGCAGUAUUUAAACAAGAGUAUGCACUGAUAGGUCAUUUUGUUUGAGUUUUUUUUAAUGAUCAUAGCCAGGAUCUUAUUUAUAUUUGGAUAACUGUGCUCUCAAUUUUCUUUUACAGUGCAUUAUUUUUCUUGUAGGAGAUGGGGUGGGCAGAAAUGGGUAUUUCAGAAAUGUCAUGAUUUUAACAUCUGAAAGGUAUUAAAGAUGCUAUGUAGUUAUUUGAAUUUUUGGCUAAAUGUUAUUUUUAACCCAAAUUGCUCACAGAGGAGACCCUGCAGCUGGCUGUAAGUGUGUGGCUAAAUUGAAAGUUGCAAGGUUGUCUGUAUGGCUGAGGAACA